GGAGAACUAGCGGUGGGAGGAGUUAGAAUGCGACCAUUAAAGGCGCGUCAAGCCCUGUUUGAUUGCAUCCUGUUUGUUUGCCAGCUUCGUACUGUAGUUACUUUGUGGAGAUACAUCUGAUUAAACAGCGCGAUGGCUGACCAGUUGACAGAAGAGCAGAUUGCCGAAUUCAAAGAGGCUUUCUCACUUUUUGACAAGGACGGCGAUGGGACCAUCACGACCAAAGAGUUGGGCACUGUCAUGCGCUCACUUGGACAAAACCCAACAGAGGCCGAGCUGCAGGACAUGAUCAAUGAAGUGGAUGCUGAUGGAAAUGGGACGAUAGACUUCCCAGAGUUCCUCACUAUGAUGGCGAGGAAGAUGAAGGACACUGACAGCGAGGAGGAGAUCAGAGAAGCGUUCCGUGUCUUUGAUAAGGAUGGCAAUGGUUACAUCAGUGCGGCUGAGUUGCGUCACGUCAUGACAAACCUUGGAGAGAAGUUGACCGACGAAGAGGUUGAUGAGAUGAUCAGAGAAGCAGACAUUGAUGGAGAUGGACAGGUUAACUACGAAGAAUUUGUACAGAUGAUGACGGCGAAAUGAAGGCCUUGUACAGAUCCUCUCUCUUCUAUAAAUAAUUUGCCUUUUUUUCUGUUUGAUUUAUCUGUAAAACGUUUAAGUCCCUUCCCCUUCCUCCCGGCUGUCCAAAGGAACUGCAUGUAAACUACAUAAGAUCUUCAGUCCUCAUGUCCCUUUCUUUUGCUGUCAUCGUGUUUUCGGAGUGGCGCUGCGGUUACACGAUCAGGUGCUUGUUGCUGCGAAGGGUGGGUUGUGAUGUGCAAAAAAUUUCUCACGUCACGUCUGUCUGCCCCCCUCAUGCGUAGCAAGAGUGGAGACCUGCCAGCUGGUUGUCUCUUGGCAGCGACGUUGGCAUGGCAACAAUGUAGAGGAGUAACUCUGCAUGGACUAUGGACAAAGUAUAUAAUAUAUAUAUGAAAUUUUCUCAGCAUUGCACUACUGCAAAAAGAAAAGAAAAAGACACUGGUGUAUCUUCAAGAUACUCGUACAUAAACUCUUUUUGUAUCUGCUGUUCUAUAACAAGAACUUGAUUGAAUCUUACAAUGCUUUUUAAUGUUUUAUUCACAUUAGUUUUUAUUUUGUAAGGCGCUUAAUGACAUGCCUCCGAUAGUCCAUUCCAAGUUGUAUAUUUGUUUUCCAAUAAAAUGUUCUAUUUACCCAUAUUGAAGGGUUUCUUUUUGUUUUGCAAAAUGGUUUUUUUUUUUUUUUAGCUCUGACGUUAAUCAUUAUGCAUCUGAGAGUGGAUUUUUAGUAGUUGUAAACCACUCCAUAUUUUCAUUAAUUGAGAUGUUUACAAUAUUUAUUGUAAUAGUUGAAAUUAUUCAUUUGUCAAUCACUAAACGAUGUGUCUUGAGUCCACUGGUUAAAUUACUGUGUGUAUUUACUGGAUUGGAUUGGGCCAAGGCCUCUGUGUUUAAAAUAAAUAAGGGGGCUCAUUAAAAUUCUCUUGAAUUACA